GUCUGCUACAGGUCAGCUACUCAGCCACAGCCGCCAGUCUCACCGAUAAAACUAUCUACAAAAAUCUGUAACGUGUCAUAGUGGCAGACAAUGUCCAAGUGGAGGUCAUGCUGCAGCUGAUACAACAGUUGAAAUGGAACUAUGUUGCCAUUGGCUACGAGAAUGAUUCCUAUAGCAUUGAAGGUGCAACAGCUUUGAAAGUAGAAUCUGAACGUCGGGGAAUCUGCAUUCCAGUAUUUGAAAUGAUCACUACAACAAGCAGUAUUGCGUCACUGCGAGAAAAGUUGGACAUCAAAUCAAGCCCUGUUUCGGGGAUGGUGUUCUUUGGGAAAGGACGGACUGUGACUAGAGUCUUAGAAUACCUUGAUGAACACCUACUUAAUGAUCAGUAUCAGUUGAUUGUGUCCGAGGCGAUAGCACUGGAACCAUCGUAUCUACAGAACGGUCAGAAUAAUGUGUUUGAUCGAGCAAAAGGGCUUCUUCUACCGACACCUGUAUAUGAACCAAUACCUGAAUUUACCUCUCACUGGAACACUCUGUUUCAAAAUGCAACAACAUUCCGUGAAGAGGCAAAAGAAAACCAUUGGUUAUCUCUUUACUUCCGGUCUUUGACUGGAUGUGAUUUACGUCCAGAAACUGACAUUACCAAGUGCUGGAGUGACUCGUCCAACAGCUAUGGAAUCACCCAACAACCUCUUUUUAUUUCCUAUGCAGUUCUAGCCACUGGUGUGAUGGCACAGGCCUUCAAGAACGUCAUCAGUCGGACUUGUGGUGCAGGGAACAGAAUAUGCAAUGCCAUGAACGACGUAUCACAGGGAACCUUAAUUGCAGAAAUUGAAAAGCUGAGACUCAAACCCUCAGAUCUGAUGGGUAGUUUAUUUCCAGGAAGGGGAAACAUAUCCUUCAGCAAAGGCGAGAUGCACAUGUACACUGAGAAGAGCUUGUACGAAAUUUACAACUACAAGAGGAAUCACACAGAAUUUAAUUUUCAUGAGGUUGGAUCGUUCAAUGGAUCACUGAAGUUGUCCCUUGAUCAAAUUCAAUCCUUUGAUAAAUCUGGCAAAGAGGGCGGCCAAGUUCCUGGUAAUUGUCACAAGGGAUACAACUGUCCAGAAUGCCUAAAAGACCCAUUGGAGGAGAUCAUACACAUUAAAGGGGACUAUUAUGUUGUUGCUCUUGUUCCCAUACACAACAGACUAAGCACUGAUGGAGACUCCCUAAACGUCUUUAGGUGUGGUCCCUUAAGGUCAGCUGUAGGUGUAGACAUUGCAGAGGCUUUGAUGUUUGCUACAAAAGAUGUGAACAACAAAACAGGAGAAUUUGCAUCAGUUCUUGGUAACACAUCCAUGGGGUUGGUUGUGCUGGACACAUGCAACAACCCUGUGAUAAUUAGGGAUAAAAUUGUGAAAUUACAUAAAGGUGAACUUCAUCUCGGGGAUGGGGUCCAAAGUUCAGCGAUAAGUGACAAAGUAAUUGGCUACAUAGGGCCAUUAGCGAGUUCGAUCAGCAUUCCACUAGCAUCCACAAUGAAACAACUGGACCAAUUGUUUAUAGCCUUUGCUUCCACAAGCUCCAAACUGAGUGACAGGAAAGAAUACCCCACUUUCAUGAGAACAGCAUCAUCACUCGAUGACCAAGCAGGACCGAUGAUGGUGAUAGUAAAGAAGCUCGGAGCCAAGUACAUCCAGGUGUUGUACACUGAUGAGGCGUAUGGACAGUCUGGUCGGGAUUCUGUCCUGGAAGCAGCUAAGAAAGCAGGAGUUUGUGUAGCACAAAGCGUACCAGUGAAAGAAGACAUUGAUCCAAAACAAUACGUGGGCAUCGUGUAUAAACUGAGACAGUUUAGGGCAGCCAGAAUGGUGAUUGUGUUUUCCCGAUCACACACCACACCAGCUCUGAUGACAGCUGUCAGUGAAGAGAUUAAACUGGGAGAGUUUAUUUUCGUUGGAUCUGGAGAGGGCUGGGCUAGACGGACUAACGUUAUUAAAGGCAACUACAACCUGAAAGGAAGCUUCACCAUGGCUCAGGAUCUUCCAGUUGACCCAAAUUUUGAACAGUAUUUUCGCAAUAUCAGCAGCUCUUCCGAUGUAAACCCCUGGCUGAGACCAUUUUUGGAGAUAAGAGCAAACUGUUUCUUCCCAGGCAGUUUUCUGGAAAAGAACAAACAGGAAUGUACUCCCUCACUGCUCUCAAGUCACCAUCAGAUUGACACAUGGGUCCCAUUUGCUACCACUGCCUUGUAUGCCUUGGUCCAAGGUUUCAGAAGCAGCCUUCAUCAUGUCUGUCGAGGGACUGCCACAAAGUGUCCAGAAUACUCAACCUCUGAGUUGAUCCGCUACACCAAAGAUGUUCAGCUGGAUGUCUACAGGGACGGCAAACAACGUCGUGUAUUUGAUGAGGACAGCAAUGGUGCAAGUGGCUUUGUCAUCUAUCAGAUAGUGCGAGGCAUCGGAACAAAUGACCUGGAAUACAAAGAAGUGGGAAGAGCGACUGGAAACUCUGUAGCAUUCAAUGUGGAUGUUCUGGAGCCCAAUGUAAGGUACACGGCCGAAUGCCCCAGUCAAUAUGAGUGCGACAGAUGCGUGUAUGAAGAACUGGAAACCACUGUCGGUUCCACCCCUGGCCCACUCAUAGCUGCAGUUGUUGAGGCAGCGAUCAUCCUUUUUCUCACCGUGGCUGUCAUUGUUAUCUGUAUCAAAUACAGAAAACUUGCAAGAAGUGGGAAAAACGUUAAUAACCACGACGAUAUUUAUACUGAACCGGUCUCAAAUAACAACCAGUCAGACGUUAAUAACCACGACGAUAUUUAUACUGAACCGGUCUCAAAUAACAACAAGUCAGAGAUAUAUCUACACCCAGUGGAUGACCCAAGUCGGAAGGAUGACGCCCAGUAGAAGGACACACCUAUUUAUCCUA